GAGGGAGCAAAAGGAAGAACAGAGGGAAUUUGGCGGUCUUGGUGUCGCGCAACUUGCUGUUAGAUCGAUCACGGGCUUGUGGAUGAGUGUUGGAGCAAGGCGCUGGUGAUCUUGCGGGGAUUCUAUGGAGAAAUCCAGGGAUUGUGAGCUCUGCCAGGUGAGAGCGGCGGUGUAUUGCUGCGCCGAUGAAGCGUACCUGUGCUGGAAGUGUGAUUCCAAGGUUCACGGGGCGAAUUUCAUCGUCGCCAGGCACUUGAGGUCGAUUCUUUGCGGUCGAUGCCAUUCUCCCACGGCUGUUCUUGCGGAAUCGUCGCCGCCGGGCCCUUGUUCUUCUCUGUGCCCUACUUGCGCUUGUCCAGCGUCCCUGGGCGAUAUUUCGGAGGAUUCCAUUCACAGCCAGCAUUCUUCCACCAUGGAUCAUGAUCUAGCCGCGGAAGAGGAGGUUUCGUCCGCGGCGCCGAAGAGGGCUCGAUCGAGCGAGCUAAGAACCAGAUCUAGAUCGCCGUCGCCGGAUUCCGUGAUUCCUGUUAGUAGGAAGCGCAAGAAUGCGGCAAUCGACGCGGCAGUGAUCCCCACGCAGCAGCUGGUAACGCUGGGGAGAUUGGAGUGUGUUCUUCGCAACUGGGAGGGUGCUCUGGGGCUAGAGCCCUCGGAUCACAGGGUUUCGCUGGCAAUGCAGCUAUUGCGGAGGAUUGCGGUGUCGAUCAAGGUGAAUCGGCUGCCAAAGCUGGAUGCCCGCGCCGCGCUUGCCGUGUGCCUGUGGAUCUCCCUCAAGCUCGAGCGUGAUCGAUUGUCGCGAUCGAUUCCUAGGGUUGAUCUAUUUGGGCGGUGCACGGGCAUCGCUGCUGACGUCUUGCUCACUGUGGAGGCCAGGCUUUGCGACGAGCUCUCCACGCCAAGAGUUUUCUUUUAAGAGAAAAAGAUUUGGUGACGUGUCAAGUUGUGA